CUCCGGCAGAGCGAGUUCUACUGCGAAGCCAGACACUGCACCGAACAGGUCUCUGAACGUCUCUGAAAUAAAAAAAUUAUCCUCCUCGUGCUGAAAGGAAAACUGUUAUCCUCUCCCCAGCCUUCUCUCACCAGGUGUGAAUAGGUUGUCCCUUGGUAUCGUCUUUCCUUGGUCAUCUCUGUCCUGUCCCGUACCGUACCUCUGAAGAUAAGAGGCCUCUGUCUGCACCGACCUCAAAUCACCACCUCGAGUCUCACACUGCCUUACCAGCCAUAAGGAGAGACUCCCCUGGUCACCACUGACCCCCAGCAUGGCAGACGGUCGUCAACGUGAAGACACCCCCCCCCAGUGGGAUCCGUCGGGGGCACAGGACCCCUCUCCUCCCCCAGCCCAUGGGGCUAAUGGCUACCCCCCCUCCUACAGGGCGUGCCAGCCAGGGACGGCCCAUGGAGCAGCACCACCCUCCUACACCGCCAGAGAGAAUGGCUUCAACGGCGACCAUGCAGUUACGGCUGAGCAAGUGUCUGCACGGAUCGUGCAGGAGGUGACAGCCGAGGCAGUGGCAGUACUGAAGGGAGAACAGGAGACAAGACUGCCCUCAGUUGAAGACACAGCGAACCUGCCUCCCUCCCCUCCUCCCUCUCCUGCUGCUGAACACUGCUUUGGACCCCUGGAUCAAGAUGUAGGGGAUGAGGAGGAGGAGGCCUGCCCUCUCCACCACUUCCAAAAUUCUCGGGAGAGGUGCAAGUUCCUCGCCCCCUCCAUCUCUGUGUCUAUGCCCGAGGAUGACCCCUACCACUCUGACGAGGAAUACUAUGAUCACCCCUUGUUCAGCCCUGAGUGGGAUCGCUCGGUCUCCUCUCGGCCCUCAGUGCCGGCCGCUGCCUUUAGACAGAUCCAAGAGACCGUCGAGGCUCUUACAGACACAUUCGAGGAGGAGGAGGAGGAGGAAGAGGUGUUGAUGUUGGAGGAGGAGAUGGAAGGGGCAGCAGCAGAAAUCGCAGCAGUUCUUGAGGAGCUGUGGAGUGGGGAUGAGCCUGAGCUGGACAGCCCCCCAGCCGAGCCCUUAGAGCAGGCAGAGGCCAUAGGCGAGGCCCAUACUGUGCCACCCAUACAGGCCGAGGCAGCUAGUGCCGCCCCAGAAGGCCCUAACGGGAGGGUGGAGGAGGAGGAGGUGGCAGAGGCUGAGGGGGAGGAGGAGAGUCCUGAGGAAGCCUUGAAGAUGGACACGGACAAACCAGAGAGCGAGAGGAGUGGAUCCCUCAGCCCAGACUUCACUGAACAAGAGAGUCCAGCUUUCCACAGCAGGGACCACACAGCAGCACCCCUAAUCCCCAAAACGGACAUGGCUUCCCCUUCUCUGUCCCCUUUACCUUCAAACAGCCAGAGCCAAGCCAAAGAGCUUAGCAAAAUGUCUAUACUGGAUGAACCUAAAACAGUCUCAGAGAAGCAGCCGUCAGUGGAAGUUCUUGAGUCCAGUAACCUCACGACGGAUUCAGGGUCUGGGUUCACUACAGCUGGAGGCCAAGGUCAAGUACAAGGUGUCCCAUCUGACUCUAACAAAGACAAAUCGGGCAUGUCAGCUUAUUUCGAGACUUCGGCCCUGAAGCCAGACGAGGGAUCCAAGGGGGUUCAAGCAGAAGGUUAUUAUGAACUGAGCACCGCAGGAGAAGAGAAGAAGGUCUUGGGGAGCAGUUCCCCAACAGUUCCGUCACCCCUUGAGAUCAACUACAGCAUGCUAGCACAAACACAGUCAGUGGAGGAGAAAUCAGACACGAUGGGAGAUCAAAAGGAGACCUUACCGGCCCUGGACAGGAGUAACGAAUGUAGGCUGUCUCCUGGGAAGCUGGCCCUGGAUCAAAGAAGCUACUCUCUCAACAUUACGAUUGGAUCGAUAGAUCCCAGUGGUCAUGGACGACCUAGAAACUUCUCCCCACUGGCUACGGAUAUCAUGUCUUUUACCAGCGGCAGUCUGGAGGAGUCUGCAAACUAUCUCCCAGUCACCACCCCAUCUGUGGAGAAGGAGCCACCACCCUUCCGUCCCCUGAUCCUGGAGACGGCAGCCUCAGUCACGUCCGACUCUUCAUCUCCUCCCCACAACACAGCAACAGAGACCCCCGGUGAAAAGACCAGCCCCCAGGGGUCAGAGUCCCCAGAAUCUCCCUUCCCACCCAAAUACUACUACAAAAACGGGACAGUCAUGGCUCCUGACCUACCUGAAAUGCUGGACCUUGCGGGCAGCAGGUCUAGACUGGCUUCUGAGAACACUGACCCUGAGAUCAUGAGGAGGAAGUCUGUCCCUGUGGACGCCCAAGUGCUUGGCAGCGACUCCCUGGCUAACCUGGUUCUGGGGGACCAGAGUCAGAACCAGAGUCUUGCCAAGAGUGAGAGCCAGCUGGAGGAGUUGGGUUACUGUGUGUUCAGUGAGUACUCAGGACCCAUGCCUUCCCCUGCUGACCUCCAUAGUCCCAUUGACUCCCCGCCCCAGCGCUUUACCCCUAUGGCUCUGGAGGAAAAGAUGGCAGAGGAGAAACUGAAAAUCGAUGCCAGAGACAAACUAGCCGAAGACGAGAAGACCAGUCAGUUAGCUGAGAGCGCCGGUUCCAAAGAAAAAGAAGAAACCAAACAAAUGGGACAGAAGGAUUCAGCUUCAGAGGAAAAAGACAACAAAAAGAUCAGCCAUGAAAAUGCUUCCAUGGAAAACCAAAAAGACAAACCAGCUUCAGCUCUGAAGUCAGCCGAGUCCUUUGUAACUCCUACAGUGACGGUUACCCUGGAAGAGGAGGGGAAGCUAGGAAACAAUGGACCCGAGACAGAUGCUGAGAUGGCUGCCUAUGAGAGGCAGAUCCGCCGGCUGGAGAUGGAGGACAGGCCCCUGAGCAUGGAGGAGGAGCGGGAGCUGCAGGAGCUCAGGGAGAAGGUGAAGGACAAGUUCCUUGUGCACCAGGAGGCAUACGAGGAGGUGGAUGCUGAAGACGUCUACCAACUGACUGGAGUUGCCAAGGACAGGAUCGGCAGGCCCGUUAGGCCCUCCCCAGCCUCCUCUGUGGAGAGUACCACAGAAGAAGAUAAUGUUUCAGUUAUGGAGACAGAGAAACCUAAACAGACGGAAGGUCAGACAACACCAAAGAAGGUUGAUAUCAUGGUGAUGUCUCCAUCAGUGUCAGUUGGUGGUUUGAGCACCACAGAAGAAGACACAAUUUUAGUUACGGAGACAGAGAAACCUAAGCAGACAGGAGGUCAGACAACACCAACAAAGCUUGACGUCAUGGCAACGUCUCCAUCUGUGUCAGGUGAUGGUGUGAGCACCACAGAAGAAGACACGGUUCCUGUUAUGGAGACAGAGAAACCUAAACAGAAUGGGGGUCAGACAACGCCAACGAAGGUUGACAUCAUGGUGACUUCUCCAUCUGUGUCAGGUGAUGGUGUGAGCACCACAGAAGAAGACACGGUUCCUGUUAUGGAGACAGAGAAACCUAAACAGAAUGGAGGUCAGACAACGCCAACGAAGGUUGACAUCAUGGUGACUUCUCCAUCUGUGUCAGGUGAUGGUGUGAGCACCACAGAAGAAGAUAAGAUUCCAGUUCUGGAAAUAGAGAAACCUAAACAGACGGGAGUUCAGACAACGCCAACCAAGGUUGACAUCAUGGUGACGUCUCCAUCUGUGUCAGGUGAUAGUGUGAGCACCACAGAAGAAGACAAGAUUUCAGUUACGGAGACAGAGAAACCUAAACAGACGGGAGGUCAGACAACACCAACAAAGCUUGACGUCAUGGUGACGUCUCCCUCUGUGUCAGGUGGUGUUGUGAGCACCACAGAAGAAGACAAGGUUCCAGUUAUGGAAAUAGAGAAACCUAAACAGAAUGGAGGUCAGACAACGCCAACCAAGGUUGACAUUAUUGUGACUUCUCCCUCUGUGUCGGGUGAUGGUGUGAGCACCACAGAAGAAGAAAAGGUUUCAGUUACGGAAAUAGAGAAACCUAAACAGACGGGAGGUCAGACAACACCAACCAAGGUUGACAUCAUGGUGACGUCUCCAUCUGUGUCAGGUGAUGGUGUGAGCACCACAGAAGAAGACAAGAUUUCAGUUACGGAAAUAGAGAAACCUAAACAGACGGGAGGUCAGACAACGCCAACAAAGAUUGACCCCAUGACGACGUCUCCAUCUGUGUCAGGUAGUGGUGUGAGCACCACAGAAGAUGAUGACGAGAAAGUUAGCAAAGAGGAGCUGAAGGAGCAGGUUAUAGAGGUCAAAGAGAGGACCAUGGAAGAAAAUAAAAAGGUAGAGGGGGAGAAGGAGGAUACAGAGCAGGCAGUGGAACCAGAUGAAAUCAUGAUAAAGAUAAAACCAUCAAUGCCUAUAGAGAAAGAAAAGAAGGUUGAGAAGGAUAGAAUGACAAACAAGGAGGAAGAGGAGGAGGAAGAUAGUGAAGUUCUGGCAGGGGCAGGAGCAGCGUUGAUUGAUGUUCCAGAACCCAGAGCUGCCAUAGAGUCAGUGGUGACUGUAGAAGAUGACUUCAUCACUGUAGUCCAGACCAUCGACGAGGGUGAGGAGCCAGGACACAGCGUGCGUUUUUCCGCUCCUCCCGAGCCUGAGACACCAGAGGAGGAGGAGGAGGAGUCCCAGGAGGUGGAGAUCAUGGAGGCAGCUAGUCUAGAGGAGGUGGGGGAUGUCUCAGAGGAGGUCCUUGAGAAGGAGGUGCAGGCCUCCCCAGAGAAGGAGGUGCAGUUGGAGACCGAGGGACAGACAGAGAGCUACGACAGAGACGAGACAACCAUGGACGACUCCAUCCUAGACAGCUCUUGGGUCGAUACUCAAGAUCUCUCCACUGUAGAUGUGGAUGAUGACAUGAGCAUGGCUGCCGAGCAGAUCGAGCCCCUGAGAGCCGACCGGGUCCCAGCCCCACCAGUCAAGAAGUACAAGACUCUCCAGCAGCAGAAGCAGGAAAAGCAGCCAGUGAAGCCCAAGGCUAAAAGCGCGCGUGUGAGGGGGCGCGAGGGGUGCGUCUCCACCCCUGAACGUAAACCCGUCCGCAAGGAGACUGUCUGUAUCCCCAGGGAAGACAUCAAGAAGAAAAAAGCCGUGAACAAGAAGACUGAGCUGACUAAGAAAGCAGAGACGCGCUCCUCUCCAUCCCGGAAGAGUGUGUUAAAGCCUACUGCGGUCCGACACCCAAGUCCCGCCCAGCCCCAACCCCAACCCCACCCCUCUGCUAGGAGGAAACCUACAGUGGGUGUACCAGAAGGUCGUCGGCCCCUCAGUGUAGCUAGACAGUCUCGGGACAGAGCCUCAUCACCACCAUUAACAAAGAUCCCCACCUGUAAAACGCGAGUGGUCGCCCUCCUGCCCCCCCGCCCUAACUCGUCCUGCUCCUCCCACACUAAAAAGAACUUGCUGGGGGAGGUGGAGCUUGAUAGGCCCCGCCCCUCCUCAGGUGGGCCUCGUGACUCUACCACACUACCCAGACUGAUAUACCUGGAUGGCGGUUCGCAGAGCCCAAAAAGGUCGUCCCUGCCCCGGCCUGCCUCUGUCCCGCGGCCUGCCUCUAUCCUCAGCCGGCGUACCCACCACCAACCACAUGACCAGGAGGAGAGCUCCACCUCUAUCACCAGCUCCGGCUCUACCGCACCCCGUAGACCCACGUCAUUCAGUACAGAGGUCAGGGCGGAGCAUAGGACAGGACGCGCCCCUAGUUGGACAGGCACACAGUCGAUGCGUUCCCGUUCGCUGUGCACCACAACCCGCACCCCAGGGUCCACAGCCAUCUCCCCUGGGACUCCUCCCAGCUACAGCUACUCCUGCCGCACACCUGGGACCCCUCUCACCCCUGGCACACCCCGUUCUCGAAGCCUGCUACAGGAGAAGAAGGUGGCUCUGCUCCGCACCCCUCCCAAGUCACCUGCUACCACUCCCAAACAGCUCCGCAUCCUUAACCAGCCCCUUCCCGACCUCAAGAACAUCAAGUCCAAGAUCGGCUCCACAGACAACAUCAAGUACCAGCCCAAGGGGGGACAGAUUCAGAUUUUAAACAAGAAGCUGGACUUCAGUCACGUACAGUCAAAAUGCGGAUCCAAGGAUAACAUGAAGCAUUCUCCUCGUGGAGGCCAUGUGCAGAUUCAGACCAAGAAGAUUGACCUGAGUCACGUGACCUCCAAGUGUGGAUCGCUGGACAACAUCCGCCACCGGCCAGGGGGAGGUAACGUGCGCAUAGAGAGUGUGAAGCUGGACUUUAAAGACAAGGCCCAGCCCAAGGUGGGUUCCCUGGAUAAUGCACACCACACCCCUGGUGGAGGCCACAUUAUGGCCCUGAACACCCUGAACCCACCCUGCCUUCCGUCCAUUCCAGGCCCUGAACACCCUGAACCCAUCCUGCCUUCCGUCCAUUCCAGGCCCUGGACACCCUGAACCCAUCCUGCUGUCCGUCCAUUCCAGGCCCUGGACACCCUGAACCAACCCUGCCUCCAGUCCAUUACAGGCCCUGAACAUCGUGAACCCAACCUGUCUCCCGUCCAUCCCAGGCCCUGGACACCCUCUUCCCAUCUUGCCUUCAGAUCAACCACCCAGGCUCCCUCACCCUGUCCCAGGCCUCCUGUCAACCCCAGCCCAGAUGCCCAGACACCCCCCCCAUCCUGCAGCAGCUUCAUACUCACCGCCUGAUGGAGCUGCCUACCCCACCCUAUGUCAACAAGACAAAUUAAGAAAAAACAACAACCCUUAUGGAACUAGAGACUAUUUAGAAAGUACUUUUGGUCAAUUGUUUGUUGAUAUUUCCAUUCCAAGUACUUGUACUUUUUUUCUCCAUCUUUUAUCUGGUGUAUUUUUUUUAAUGUUGCGUAUAGAUAGAUAGUGUCCAAGCACUGACUCAAGAUCAGCUGUAGAUCUUUGCACAACAUAAUCUGGGUAUGGGCCAGGUAUAGGGUGGGCUGGUCUCUGUUCAGUUCUUAGGAGCAGCCUUUUCUUACACUAAGUAGGAAGUCACGUGGCCAUGCCCAUACAGUACUCUACCCAUGCCAAUGCCGCCAGCACGUCUUGUUUUGCUCAGUAAAGUGCAUGGACGCCAGACUUAACAUUCACCAUACAUCAAGCAUCCUUGCAGCUAGUCCCAGAUCCAAUAUAUAAUAAAUAUAUAAACAGUAUAUUGAAAAUAUGUAUAAAUAUACCAGCUCUUUGUCUUCAACAACAUCUCUUCGAAAAACCAUUUAAAAAAGUGAUUAGUCCUAUAAGUAUCUUAUACCUGAAAAAUUGCAUUAUUUCAAUAACUAGAUAAUGGUAUGAUGAGCAUGUAUUGAUUCUAGUUACAAAAAGAGGCUAUUUUCUAGUUCAAAUAAAAGGAUUUUAGUAAGUUAAUUCCUUAAUCGUUGGAUAGAAAAAUGAACACUUCAUGUUUUUGUAGAUAUUAGUUGACUAGUAUGUUAUGCUUGUUGAAGUUGACUUCAGACAACUGUGCUGGUAUUGCUAAGGAGUACAUCUUCCAGGCCUGCAACAGAGUACUAACGGCCCUGCAAAUGACUAGUGCCCUGUCCUGGUGGCGUACAGUAGUUGUACAUCAAGCUGCCUCCCAUUACAGAAACAGGAGAUAAGCUCCUGCCCCUAUGGGCCGUUCUGGCUCGGACCAGGCUUACUUUAAUUACAGAGAACUAACCAAUGCUACUCUCUCUGGGAGCUGUUCUACUAAAAGGCUGCUUAACCAGUCCUAGUUUAGUUUAAGAGGAUGCUGCUUUGAUUCUCAUCUCAAAUAUCUCAGUUCAAAAGAAACGAUGAUAUAGCUAGGAGCUCACAGAAGCUGUGAUCACAAUCCAUUCACCAUGAUAGCAAUAGGCAUUGGAUGGCUGUAAGAUAUUUUAGUCCAUAGUGUUCGAUGAACUCCCCAAGGCUCUCAGAGCAGGCUGAGAUUGAACUCACGAGGGCUUGCAGUUGUCUGAACCAUAUUGUAGAUGAAGCUAUUAUUUAAAGAUGACAUUUACAAAGCAGCUGUGGAACUCUGGACCAUGUGUCCCUACAGUUCACUUCUGGAUGCUAGGUUUGUUUUGUGUAAAACAUUUAGGGGGGGAAAAGAAAGGGGGAAAAUAAAUAAAAACUACAUUUCAUAAAAACAAUCUUUAAAAAAAGGAAACUCAACAAGUCAUGUUGCAUCUGUUUGAUAAAGUGUUCCUCUAUAUUUUUUCUGUCGCUAUUUUGUGGUAUUUAUUCCUCCUUCUUUUAGUAUUAAUGUUUGCUUCUGUGUUGUUUCUGCACCCCCCUAUCCCCUACCCCCUAAUCCCUGAUCCCCUAACCUGUACCCCAACCUACAGCAACUGUAAAUGUAAUUAAAAGUAGAUGUACGCAGUUUUUCUCCUGUUGAUAUGAUACUGAUAACAAAAUGCUCUUAACAAUUAAAGACAAUAAAAACACUGAAAAACACUCUCGUCGUGAGUAUUUCCAAACUUUUUGGAGAUUAUGGUUACCACCUAUAAUGUUUUGUGGGGGAUCUAUACUUAAAGAAAGAGAUUCAAGCAUGUUUUUAAAAUAUUUUAAUCAUUCUUUCAGAGGCAACAAGAAUAUGAACAUUUGGACUGCUGGGCCACCACCAGUGUUUGUCUGUUUUAACCUCUCCCCUAUAGCUACACUAAGGAUGAGUCCCAAAUGGCACCCUAUUGGGCUCUAGUCAAAACUAGUGCACUAUAUAGGGAUUAGAGUGCCAUUUGGGACACAGUCUCACUCUCCGCACUCUCCCGCAGAGCAAAGAAUAAGAGCCGCGACACCGGAGGGUUUUUGAAAAGUUUAUUUUGUGAAAUAGCGGAGGAGAAAAAUGAAUUAAGACAUAGGGGAGAGUGAGUUUUGAUGGUCAGUCUAGAGCAAAGCCAGUCACCUCUACUGGCCCAAUCCAGGCAGCAAGUAAGGGAUGGAAUGGGUAGCUCCUCCCUACCCCCUUUCCUUCAACGACCCACGGUGGAGAGACAUACCCCGCCAAGAUGGCGGGGGACAAGACAACAAGAGCAUCUGCUGUUUGGUGGUUAAAAAGAAAGGACAGCUUCUAAUGGAGGAGAAUAGAGAGCAGAGAGUCGAAGGUCGGAGUCAGACCCCCCC